AUGUCCAGCUGCAAAGGAGUCGGAGUGCAACGCACUGAGUAUUCACUACAGCAAAGCGAAAUGGCGUGUAGCUUGGUUUGCCUUGCAAUACUGGAGACAGGUGAAAGGAAGAAACUGUCCCUGUCAAGCGGUACGCACAAGGAACUCCUGACGGCUUUGGCAGCACUAACAACUAUCAGCGAAAACACCUUGAUCCAGGUAUACGAUGAAGACCUUGAGGACUUUAUCGACCUGGAGCCGGGAAGCAAUGUGGAGAACAGAGCUAAAAUCAAAUUGGCACGGAAGGUUGUCCCUCAAGCUGAUUUCACAAGUCCCGCUGUCAUCACCGGUGACGUGACCGCAUUAACAGCACAGAGUGACGGGUCCAGUGCCAGAACUUCAGAUGUUCAACUAGAGCACGCCGUGCCAGUCGAGAAGCGGCAGGAUUACCUCGAAUUCGCACUUCCCGACUUCGGGAUCUACGAAGAUGUCCUGAAAAGGAAGACGCCCGUAGGCGGUGCAGUCCGGCGGGCCAUCGUCAAUCAGCUUUUUCAAGCGUGCUUCAAGAUAGUAUGGUACCCGUCGCGGCAACUCUAUAGGGUUGCAGCUGAGAGGCUGGUGUCGAAGUACCCCCAUCUGGCAGAUAAGAUUGGGAGUGGCAGUGGCUUGGAAUCAUGGGUGCUGGCACUCCGGAACAGGUUCAAAAAUAUGCGAAAGAAGACGGAGAACUGUUCCGAAGAGAUGGCGGCGAAAAAACGCCAGUACCUUCACAAGAGGCACGCCGAGGCAACUUCAGAAGGACCAAGCAAGAGGCUGUGCCGCCUUUUCGACUGCGACCACCUGGUCGUCUAUGGAGAGACGGCGGAAACCCUGCAGAAGCACAAUGAGUGGCUGCACGAAAAUGUAGCCUGUGAGGAUGAGGAUCAGAUGAGGCCACGGCUGCUUGCGACGGCAGAGGAGCGUCACCAGCGGCUUCGCACACUGACACUGUCUGAGGCCCUGAUGUUCUAUCCAUUUCUGGGAACAGAGACUUCGCUCCUGACGGAGUUCGACGUACUUUUUAAAGCAAAAGGCGUAGAAAGCAUCGAGAACGGCUGCAGGGUGCUCUGCAGCCUUGUGCUGCAGAGCGGAGAAGAAUCCGAGGUGGUGGAAUUCUCGAAGGUGGCAUCUGAAGGCGGUGUGCUCGCCAUUUUGCAGUUUGUUGCGUCCCGCUGCAAGGAACCUCUCAAUGCCGUUCUGACAGAGAACGAGAUUCCGCUGACGCCAUGCUUGGUGGAGCAGGAUGGAGCGGUCUCCCUGUGGAUCGACGGCCAGUUGUUUUUCCCAGUGUCGUCGCUGCUCUCGGGUGUGGCGUGCCUUUUUGCUGCUUACUGGGGUUUUCAUAUCGAGUACGCGAAGAAGGCUCAUAAAAUGCUAACCUUUAUUGAGCACGCGUUUUUGGGACUGUGCUACACGAAGCCGCGGGUCAAGGCUCUUGAACUGAUCAAUUUCUAUAGAGCGAACGCGACUUGUGUAGCACAGCUAUGA